AUGGCUGUGGAGGCAUUCAGAAGGGAACGCUGCCCUGGGGGUCACGACCCCAGAAAUAACAGCACAGUUCUGGACCUGGUGAGCAGCGGCCAUGACCAGACCUCCAACACUGAUGCUGACCGUCCUUCAUCCAAACCCUGGGAAGCAGGACAACUUCCCAAAGUCCACUUGCCCACAAAGACCUGCGAGGACAGACGUGGAGAAAUGUCUUCACAGUUCAUUAGUUUACUUAGGAUUCCUCUCCUCUUGCUCUUGCUCUAUGGGUUUGUGUGUUCGCUGGAUGUACUGAGCUCUGCUUUUCAGCUGGCUGGAGGCAAAGUGGCUGGAGACAUUUUCCAGGACAAUGCCAUCCUAUCCAACCCCGUAGCAGGACUUAUGGUGGGGAUUCUGGUCACGGUUCUGGUCCAGAGCUCCAGUACUUCCACAUCCAUUAUAGUCAGCUUGGUCUCAUCUGGAUUGCUCGAAGUGAAGUCUGCCGUCCCCAUCAUUAUGGGCUCCAACAUCGGCACGUCUGUCACCAACACCAUUGUUGCCCUGAUGCAGGCAGGAGAGAGGAACGAUUUUAAACGGGCGUUUGCUGGGGCGACGAUCCAUGACUGUUUUAACUGGCUGUCUGUGCUGGUGCUGCUGCCGGUUGAGGUGGCGUCCGGUCUGGUGAGUCACCUGGCCAGAGUCACUGUCAGCAGCUUUCAGCUGCACAGAGGAGAGGAAGCACCUGAACUGCUGAAGACGCUCACUGAACCCUUCACCAAACUCAUCAUACAGCUGGAUAAAUCAGUAAUAACGGGCAUUGCUCUAGGCGACGAGUCCAUGAGGAAUCACAGCCUCGUGAAAGUCUGGUGCAAGUCUAGCAUCUUUGUGUCCUCAGUGAAUGUGACAGCAGCGGCCGCCCAGAACUGCUCCACUGAACUGCAUUGUGGGAAGUACAGUGAUCUCACCUGGAUCACACAGAAUAUCACCUUGCAGAUCAACACAGAGAAAUGCCAGCAUCUGUUUGUGGACUCGGGUUUGUCUGACCUGGCGGUGGGGCUCAUUCUGUUAGCCAGCUCUCUGAUGGUGCUGUGCACCUGCCUGCUGCUGAUCGUCAAAGUGCUGAACUCUCUCCUCAAAGGUCAAGUUGCAAAGGUCAUCGAAGGGGUCAUCAACACGGAUUUCCCGUACCCUCUUGGCUGGCUGUCAGGAUAUCUGGCCAUGUUGAUGGGAGCAGGAAUGACCUUUAUCAUCCAGAGCAGCUCUGUUUUAACCUCGGCUAUGACUCCACUCAUAGGUACAUCUCUAAUGAAUGACUUCUUCAACAGAUCGUUGUACUAG